UAAGGUCAUGUAAUAUCCUAUCCUAAAUGCUCAUUACUUAAUUCCAAUGGAUGAUGAGACUCAUACUACUUUGCCAAAUGGAUUUAGCACAGAAACUCCUGAAAAUCAUUGUUUAAAAACAAACAACACCACCACCACCAACAACAAUAAUCUUAAUCAUCAUCAUAAUAAUAAUAGCAAUAAAGAACAAGACCGUUUUCUACCUAUAGCAAAUGUUGGUAGAAUAAUGAAAAAAGUUAUUCCGGCAAAUGGAAAAAUCUCUAAGGACGCGAAAGAGACGGUGCAAGAAUGUGUGUCGGAGUUUAUAAGUUUUGUCACGGGAGAAGCAUCGGAUAAAUGUCAAAGAGAAAAAAGAAAGACGAUUAAUGGCGACGAUAUCAUUUGGGCUAUUACAACUUUAGGCUUUGAAGAUUAUGUGGAACCAUUAAAAUCUUACCUUCAAAAAUAUAGAGAUAUUGAAGGUGAGAAAGUUAAUGUUCCAAAACAACAAAGAUCUGAGCAAAGGUUACAUCAAGAUCAACAUCAUAAUCAAGAUGAAUUUAAUAAUCAACAUUUCAAUACUAGUGUAUAUACUUCAACAAAUCUCAUGUCUCAACCUCCUUAUGUGACCAAUGAUCAACAAUAUCCAUUACCUUUCUCAUCAAAUUCAAUUCAAAAACAAUUACGGCCGCAAGAUCAGAUUGAUUCAAUAGGUCAUUGGUAUGAAUGAGUAAGACCAAGCUAAUUUUAUGUUUGGUUUUUAUUUAUUUUUUCUCUUUUUUUUUAUACAACCUAUAUAUAUAAAUUGUAAUAUUAGAUAUAGAGUGUUAUAUAUAUAUGCGUAUAAGAAUAUACACAUACACUAAUGUAACGUUUUGUGUCACUUUUUAAAAUAAAAUGAUC